CACUGUUUGCAGGUAGUCAAAUAUUAACGUCAAACUAAAAAGUGUUGAAUUGUCUUAAAACUAUGGUUCUUAUGGGAUUUAUGUUCGAAUCACCAUUUGAAUUCGUAUAGUUUUCUUUUACUCUUAUAUUUAAUUAAUAUUUGACUCGAGAUCGGUCGGUUUGUGAUAAAAUAGACACUUUAGAGAUAUAAACUGGACGGAGGAUUACUCUCAUCUACCGAGUUUCUGUGAUUAAAAGAGUGUUUUUGUUUUGAAUGCAGUGCCAGUUCUCAUGUUCUAAAGUAGUUGGUAUCAGAAAGUGAAAAUGCAAUUAACUAUAGGCUUAAAAUGAGUAUUUCCUGCGGUAGUUUUAUGAAAACUGGUUUUAGUUGCAAUGGCCUCCCUCAACACAAGAUCAUGGAGACUUCAGGAUUUUGCGGCUCACAAUGCCAAUGUAAACUGCCUAGCAUUAGGGCACAAAUCUGGAAGAGUUAUGGUAACUGGGGGCGAUGACAAGAAAGUCAACCUAUGGGCAGUAGGAAAACAAAGCUGCUUCAUGUCCUUAAGUGGGCAUCUUACUCCUGUGGAUUGUGUGCAAUUUAACAAAGUUGAAGAGCUGGUUUGUGCGGGUUCUAGAGCUGGCGCGCUAAAAGUAUGGGAUCUAGAAGCUGCGAAAUUAGUGCGGACACUAAAUGGUCAUAAACAAAAUAUCAAAUGCAUUGAUUUCAACCCUUAUGGGGAUUUGCUGGCGUCCGGUAGUGGAGAUAGUACCAUUAAAAUUUGGGAUACGCGUAAGAAAGGAGUUAUCUAUAGCUACAAUGGACACCAAGGGACUGUUAACAGUAUUAAGUUCAGCCCAGAUGCUCAAUGGGUAGCUUCUGGUGGUGAGGACUCAACAGUGAAAAUCUGGGAUUUAAGGGUUGGACGGGUAUUAAAACAGUUCGAUGAGCAUUUGAACGCAGUGACUUGUGUUGAGUUUCACCCUCAUGAAUUCUUGCUUGCCACCGGUGGCUUAGAUCGGUCCGUGCAUUUCUUUGACUUGGAAAAUUUCAGCCUAGUGUCAAGUGAACGCGAUUUAGGGGCUUUAAGAUCACUGUGCUUUAACCCUGAUGGAGACAGUCUUUUUGCAGCAGUGCGCGAUUACAUUCAAAUUAUCGGAUGGGAACCGAGUAGACUUCACGACUCCGUUCCUGUAUUGUGGGGAAAUGUUUGUGAUAUUUCAACUGCUCAAAAUCAGUUGGUUGGAGCGUCAUUCUACUUAACCAACGUUCAAGUGUAUGUAGUGGAUUUAAAAAAAUGCUUUCCUAUGGGUUCGUUGACUACCCCAACAAUAAAUCAACCAGCCACACCUUUCACACAACAUCCCAGUCUCAGGAAAAGUUUUUCUAAAGCAGAUCGGCCAGUUAGUUUGAAGGGCAGAACUUUGGAUGUGAAAACUAUCGAAGAAAGCACGUCAGGAACCGAUCCCGAAGAGGAGUCAAUUGCUGAUAUUACUAACAUGAAUGAUUACCACGAGAUUUUCAGAGGUAAAGGAUUAGCUCGAACUCCUCCUCCGGAACCUGAACCAUUUCAAAUACCUGAACGCGAUUUUACAUCAGCUCCUGUGGUAUACGACAACUACCCAACUGAGCCCCAAAUUUUAGGAGAUAAUAUGACUGAAAACGUCGAGGCCCUCUCUUUAGACAAUAGUGUGAACAACUAUCUUAACUCUGAUUCAGAACCCCCUAAUAUCAGUCCCAACAAGUUUUCUAGGUCAAAAUCAAAUUUGGAUCAAGUUUACUUGAGGCGUCUUACAAAACAGCAAGAUAGGGAAAACAUAUUGCCAAGUAACAAGCCUAAACCAGCACCCAAAUUCAGCCUUCAGCGACAAACUAGCGUUAAAGAAGGCACCGAACGAAUCCGAACGAAAAGUCAAAGCGAUGGCAUGAAGCACAGUGCAUCGGAAGCAAGUAUUACUCGAGGAACGAACUCUUCUCGAGUAACAUCUAGAAAAAACUCAUUUUCAAAGCCCAGUCGAAACUCGAGUGUUCCCAAUGUCUCAGCAGUGAAGAAUAUUAGGAAUUCUGAAGUGCCUAAAUCCAUACAUAUAACUAAUCGACCAGUAGAUUUAUAUGUAAAAAAACUUUCACCAGAUGAUAUUCCCGUUGAGGAAAACGAAUUUGUGCCUUCUUGUAUAGACAGACCUGUUGGUGUGGAUUUUGAUGAUUUUUUGCCUAAAAAUUUUGAUAUUCUGGGCUCCAGGAACUAUCUUCCCGAAAUGUCAGAAGCCGAAGGUCUUGGUCUGCUAAUGCGAGGGCAUGAACGAAUGCAGAGCAUUUUUUCAACUAGGAACCGCAAUACUAGGCUAAUUCUUGCCCAUUUUAGAAACCGGGAUAUCAAACACUCUGUCGAAUCAGCAGUCUCCAUGGACGAUAUUAGCAUUUUAAUUGACAUAUUAGGAGUUAUCAAUAAUAAAUACACUAUUUGGAAUUUGGAUCUCUGCGUAACCAUCCUACCCAAGCUCAUAGAUCUGCUGCAGAGUAAAUAUGAACAAUACAUGACAGUGGGAUGUACGACCCUCAAACUGAUUCUUCGGCACUUCGGCCCAGUAAUUCGAAGCAAUAUUCAGUCACCAGUUGGUUCCUUUGGUGUAGACAUUCCUCGCGAAGAGCGCUACCAAAAAUCCGUUAAAUGCCAUGAAAUGCUUUCUCAGCUAAGAAGCUGUAUAGUAAAAAAGCUGAGUUUACCCGGAAAUAUGGGGGCGACUUUUAGAGAGGUACAAUCUAUGAUGGUAACGACGCUAGACUGACCCAACGCCAAAGUGUCCCUGGUAACAUUCAAGAACGCAAGUAUUUGAGUGAAAUCGACAAAAUCGAUUGGAGGCAGUUCGAGUUUAUCCAGGGCUCAGGUUUCCUGUAUAUUUGUGUAGAGUAGUGCAAUCGGUUGUAUUAACUGCAAUUUUUUAUUUAGCAGAGCUGUUGUUUUUGCCGAAUUAAGUUGUGAAGGUGAGUCUCACGUAUCACAAGAACUUGUAGUGGCGCCAUUUUCGCAACGCUUUUUACAUAUUUGCGUGGAUAAAGGACUGUUUAAAAAUUUUAAAUAAAUACUGUAAAAUUAAAUUAAACUGAUUUUAAAUACUGUAGAUGCUCGGUUGUGUGAACUGUAUAAGAGGUUUGUUAAUACAAUGGAGAUAGUUUUUUGCACUAUUUGAUAAUAGCUCUAAACUAACUCAAUUGUUUAUUAAUUAUGAAUAUGCACGUAUUCUUAUUAGGACCAAGUGAAGUAACAAAAAUUGUCAAUUUAAUCGAAACAACCGCUCUUCAGUUUUUAUUGCACAGGAUGAUUUAUAUGUUAAGAUGUUCACAUAAUCGAGGAUCUUUUGUGAUACCCGGUUCUACUUAAGUUUAAAUGAACCAUAGGAAGAUGUAUUUUUCCUUAACACUUAAUUUCGUCAGUUAGUCUGAAAAUAGUUCACCUUUUUUUUACCAAACCACUACGUUAAAAUUAUUCAAGAUUUAAUGAGAUUGAUGUGGUUAAACAAAUUGAAAAUCCUACUAAACAGUAUUUAGUACGCUUGACAAUUUAAUUCAAAUUAUUUAAAACGUUUUGUUAGUGUUUAUACUCAUAUGUGUAAUUUUUACAAGAAACUUGCAUACUAAUUGGCUUUUACCUAACUAUAAGUAUUAAACUUAAAAUUAUUAUUUUAGAAAAAGCAAGUACAUUUUUCCAUGGUCCAUUUAAUUAACUAAUUUUAACAUGACGUAAUAUUAAUUUUGGUAACAAAACUUUAUUUCUAUUGUAAGAUUAUUCAAAAUGUUUUUUAUUGUAAAUGGAACAGAGUAGAAAUGUUAUAAAGUGCGUACACCUAAUAAAUUCGUCAUUAACAUUUUUAUCGCAAACAAAUUACCGGAAUUUUAUUUCAAGUAAUUGGGCAUGUUUCAAGAAAUAUUGAGAUAUUGAUGAUGGAAAAAGUUACUGUUGGAUUUUACUUGAAGUUGUGACAAAAUGUGGUCAUUUUGAUGCAUUUCUCUAUAAAGAUAGAUACUUUGUUUUUAAAAUAUUUUCUUACUUGAAAUAGAUUGAAACUGAAAAAUACAUUAAUUAACGAAUAAAAGUUGGUUAUUUUUUUAAAAUUAAGCAGCCUAGUAAUAAUGAUAAUACAUAUAUAUUGCUCAACCUAGGUAGGACCUUCGUCUUAUUCUUGAAAUACACUUGAGACGAUGUCGUUGUAAUUUAUUAUCUAGUUUGAAAUCUUAUAUCGAAACUGUUAACGAUUCAAGAAAAAAAUUACCAUUUGCUCCAACUCAGGUGUUCGCACUGUGUAUGCAUUUCAUUAUUUCCAAUUAGUCCAGUUUCAUACACAGUGAUAUCAAAUUAAUGGGCGAAGUAUUAAAAAGAUUUAAAAACAUGAUAAAUUUACAAAACUACGUCAACAUAAAUGAAUUUGUUUUAGUCUAACAUACUUUAAAAUACAAUAUUUUUUCAAUAACUAUACAAAUAAUAUGUAAUAUUAAGACUAAAAUUCCGUCCUUAAAUAUAUGUAGAUUUUGUAAUAUACAAAAUGUAAUAUGUGUA